CCGUGCCGGAGAAAGAAAGACCCGUCCUUAAUCGCUGAUCGCCAUUUUGAGGACCUGCAAACAGCCGUUUUAAGUGGUUGUUAAGCAGUAGCUCUAUUAAUUUUUUGGUAUUAAAAAAAUUCGUCUAUAUUAGGACCAAUGUCUCGAUUCAACAAUAAUCGCGGCGGCUUUGGAAUGAAUAACUUCCAACCUCGCAGAGGCGGUGGACCCGGCGGCCCCGUGCGAGGUGGGCUUAUGGGAAACCCAAAUUUUAGGAAUCAUCCUUUCCAGAAUCAAAAUCAGAACCGGAGGGGACACAACUUCAAUAGGCCUCCGCAUCAAGGAUCGCAGAACACUCCCGAGAAGCCGCAACAGAACCAGUCACUGCCAAUCAUCCCUCCGCCAGCUCCGGGCCCGGCUCUCACGAUGGAAGGCCCAGUUAAGCAGCAGCCGCAGAAACCGGCGCAGCAACAACAAGAAGAGCAGAAACCCACAACCCCUGCGCCCCAGCCUAAGGUUCAGUCACCAUCGCCAACACCCAAACCUAACGUGACCUCCCCUCAGCCAAACCAGGCAAACAAGAACCAGAGUCCGGUGGCAAAUGCUAACGGACAGAAGCAGACUCCACUCCCAAGCCCGAAGGCAGCUGGGCCACAGCAAGUUCAGAAACCAAGUCCUCAGCAAGGCCCGAAGCCUGGUCCUCAGCAAGGCCCGAGACCAGGACCCCAGCAAGGCCCGAGACCAGGACCCCAGCAGGGCCCGAGACCAGGACCCCAGCAGGGCCCGAGACCAGGACCCCAGCAAGGCCAGAGACCCGGACCUCAGCAAGGCCAAAGACCAGGAUUUCAACAAGGCCAGAAUACAGCGCCACCGGUCAUGAAGCCCAAAGAGGAGCCCAGUCAGCAACCACAGGAAGAGGCCAUGAAAAGCGAGUCAGGAGAGAGACAGCCAAAGAGCGAGUUCAAGGCGACGCUGUCCAUGUUGCUGAAGCCAGGUGAGAAGUCCUACACGCAGCGUUGCCGCUUGUUUGUUGGUAAUUUGCCCAACGACAUCACGGAGGAAGAUUUCAGGAAGAUGUUUGCAAAAUAUGGGGAGCCCAGUGAAGUCUUCAUCAACAAGGGCAAAGGCUUUGGUUUCAUCCGACUGGAGUCCCGGGCACUUGCAGAGAUAGCAAAAGCAGAGCUGGAUGACACACCAAUGAAAGGCAGGCCCCUGCGCGUCCGCUUUGCUACACACUCUGCGGCGCUGUCGGUGAAGAAUCUGUCACCAUUUGUUUCCAACGAGCUCCUGGAGGAAGCUUUCUCACAGUUUGGAAUGGUAGAGAGGGCCAUUGUGGUUGUAGAUGACCGUGGGCGCUCCACGGGCAGAGGCAUCGUUGAAUUUGCCUCCAGACCUGCUGCCAGAAAGGCCCUGGAUAGGUGCAACGAGGGGGUCUUCCUUCUCACUACCUCUCCCCGGCCUGUUGUUGUUGAGCCUAUGGACCAGUAUGACAGUGAAGACGGCCUUCCAGAGAAGCUGGCACAGAAGAACCCCAAAUAUAAAACAGAGCGUGAGGAGCCUCCUCGCUUUGCCCGUCCAGGCACUUUUGAAUUUGAGUAUGCGAAGCGCUGGAAAUCCCUUGAUGAAAUGGAAAAGCAGCAAAGGCAGCAGGUGGAGAAGAACAUGCGCGAGGCCCGGGAGAAGUUGGAGAGCGAGAUGGAGGAUGCUUACCAUGAGCAUCAGGCCAAUCUGCUCCGUCAAGAUCUGUUGAGGCGACAGGAAGAACUGAGACGCAUGGAGGAGAUGCACAAUCAGGAGAUGCAAAAGAGGAAGGAGAUGCAGCUCAGACAAGAAGAGGAGCGCCGCAGACAGGAGGAGGAGAUGAUUCGGAAGAGGGAGUUGGAGGAACAAAUGCGCCGUCAGCGUGAGGAGAACUACAGGAUGGGCAGCUUCAUGGAUAGGGACAGAGAAAUGAGAAUGCAUCCCAGUGGAGCUUUGGGCAUGAGUGAUAUGUCCUUUGGUGGAUCCUCACAGAAGUUCUCCAUGAGCGGGCUGGGCUUCGAGGGUCAGCAGGGAAUGGGAGGACCAGGAGGCCUGAUGGGCAGCGAAAUGCGCAACGAGCGCUUCACUCCGGGUGGUGCGAGGGGCAUGGGUCCUGGUAACCCCGGGUACGGCAGGGUCCGCGAGGAGUUUGAUGGCCCUACUAAGAAACCUCGUUUUUAAACGCUGCUCUUUGAUGCUUCCAGCAGCACCAUUUGUACAGAUUCUCUAAAAACAAACAUGCUGAUUCGCAUUUCUUGUAUUUAAGUUUAAAUUGUUACAUUUUAGCCAAUUUACUCACUUAUUGGAAGUCAAUAUAUUCAUUUUUUUACUUUCUCUAGUGUGGAAAGAGAACUUAUCCUUAGGUGAUCAAGUUGUUCUUUUUGUCCAUGUAUAAUUUUUAUUAUUUUUUUUUUUUUUAGAUGUAUUCUGCUCUGUGAGUCUUCGUGAAGUGAUAACUGUAACAUUUUUCUGACCUUACUAUGGCUGUGUUUUUGUGCCAUGCAUUUGGAGUCAACGCAUGUACUAUAAUAAAGAGACAUUGGUUCAA